CAUCCCGCCUUUUCGACCUCACCUGCUCUACAGGUCGCUCCUACCAAUCGUGAAACCCUCUCUCCUGUAAACACCGCCAUCUCAAUAAUCACUUGAUCAAUCGUCCUCAUGACCAUUCUACCCUCUAGGAAGAAAGGCAUCACCUUUGGAGACUGUGAUCCCAACACUGGCCAACGAGUCUACCCGCCGGAAGAAGACUGCCAAGGAGCCGACAUUCUCCCCGACCAAGUCCCACCGGAGCGCGAACCCGCCUUCGAACCCGGCACCGAGACGGACCAUGUCAUAAGUGACGACAUGUCUUUCCACAUCACUUCGUGGCCGCCACUCGACCAGUUCACAACCGUUCCUCGUGGCGAUGACAAGGUCAAAUUUACAGUCCUGGUCGAGACCAACGCCGCCAGCCCCAAAAACAUCGAGAAGCCACAGGUUUGUCUUUGGCACAAUCAAAACGGAGACGAUGACUGGGGCGAGCUGGCUCUCCAAGAGACCGAUCCUCCCCAAGUUCUGCUGCUGAAUAGACCCGCGGACGAGGAGAUCCUACGCCACUGGUACACCGCCGCCAUCACAGGAUCGCCCAAGCAUGGACAAGCCUUGAAGUUUACCAUCAAAUUCCGCGUGACCGGUGGCGACUGGAAAUGGGUCAAGCAGAUCACAGGCAUCGAUGAUGGAGAAUUGUACUACCAGUCAACAGAUUUCGAGAAGCAUUCCACGUACGACUUGAAGCACUGGUUUGAAGGUUUGAGCUCCGACAUCACCUAUCAGUCGGAGACGGCCGAAUUCGCCGACACUUUUCUCUACUCGCUCAAUUGUCCGGUACAAGCUGCGGAUCAGCAAGACUCGGGCUGGCAGCAACAUCAGCUCGGUCUUCCAGCUGGCUCUCAAAAAUGGUUCGGCUUGGUCCGCCUUUGGUCACCAUGGCUGGCACCCAGACAAGGUGGGGAGAAGCUGAAAUUAGACAAGGAUGCGAUAUUGCUCUCGUUUCUGCGAUCGGAUGGCCUACAUGUAGCCUGUCUGGCCAUCAGCGGCGUGGACGAUAUCGUGACGACGCUGAUCAAUGACAAUGACGGCCACGUCAUCGUCAAGUCCCGAAACGACAGGCCGGAGAAAGGCGUGGCUAAGGUCCUCGUGGCAGUGGCAGAGGAAUUCGAGACUGCCAAUGCCUCGGUCAUGCGUCACGCGCGGAAGGUGGUGAAGACAUAUGCACCGACAUCGGCAGACGAGGAAACCGCACGUCUGCUUGAAGAGAACGUAAAGCCGGAGUGGAUUGAGGAAUGGUACGACGGUCUCACAUACUGUACCUGGAAUGGGCUUGGCCAGAACUUGACAGACCAGAAAAUCUACAAGGCGCUCGACUCGCUGAAGAAAGAAGGCAUCACCAUCACGAACCUCAUCAUCGAUGAUAAUUGGCAGUGGAUCACUGAGGGCGAGACACAACACCAGCGAGCGUGGUCCAGCUUCGAGGCCAACAAGGAAGGUUUCCCGGACGGUCUCAAGGGGACAACGACCGAAAUCAGGAAACGUCACCCCAACGUCGGCCAUAUUGCUGUGUGGCACGCGCUCUUCGGCUACUGGGGUGGGAUCGAUCCCAAGGGCGAAAUCGCAGCGAAGUACAAGACCAUCGAGGUGGAAAAGGAGGCAGGAGCCGCCGGAGGGACCUUCACCGUGGUCGCCGCCGAGGACGCCAAACAGAUGUACAGCGAUUUCUACGCCUUCCUGUCCAAAUCCGGCGUCGACAGUGUCAAAACGGACGCACAGUUCUUCGUGGACUUGCUCCUGCAUGCCCCCGACCGCAAGGCCCUCACGACCGCCUACCAAGACGCCUGGACGGUGGCCCACCUCCGCCACUUCAGCAGCCGCGCCAUCUCCUGCAUGUCCCAGUCCCCCCAGAUCCUCUUCUACAGCCAGCUGCCGACCAACAAACCCCGGCUGCUCGUGCGCAACUCGGACGACUUCUUCCCGGACAUCGACGCCAGCCACCCGUGGCACAUCUUCUGCAACGCCCACAACAGCCUGCUGGCGCAACACCUCAACGUCAUCCCGGACUGGGACAUGUUCCAGACCAUCGGCGCCUGGUCCGGCUUCCACGCCGCCGCCCGCGCCGUCAGCGGCGGGCCCAUCUACUUCACCGACGAGCCCGGGAAGCACAAUUUCCCCUUGCUGGACCAGAUGACCGCGCGGACCGCGCGCGGCAAGACCGUCAUCCUGCGCCCGCACGCCCUGGGCAAGGCCAUGAACCCCUACAACCCCUACGCCUCGCACAGCAUGCUGAAGAUCGGCACCACCGUCCACUUCGCCCGCCUGACCACCGGCAUCCUCGGCGUCUUCAACGUCUCGAAGGACGCGCUGGACGAAUUCGUCCCGCUGGACGCCUUCCCGGGGACCUCCUCGGGCGGCGAAUACAUCAUCGGGUCGUUCCAGCACCCGGACGAGUUCUCCGCGCCGAUGGACGGGGUCGACACCGAGUUCCCGGCCGUGGGCCUCCGGCUGGCGGACAAAGGGUGGGACAUCCUCACCGCAUACCCGCUGCACCGAUUCAGUUUCGGCGCCUCCGAACUCGUCGGCCUCGCGGCCCUGGGCCUCCGGGGCAAGAUGACCGGCGUCGCGGCCGUCACGGGGUUCAGCGCCUACGUGGAGGCGAACGGGAGCCUGCGCGUGUGGGUCGCGAUCAAGGCCCUCGGCGUCCUGGGCAUCUACCUCGAGGAUCUGGAGGCGAGGAACGUCGAGGACGAGACGCUGGUGCUCAUCCUGGGCAACCCGAUCCCCUGGGAGUGCGUGAGCGCCCGGGGCAGGGUCAUGGAGGUGGACGUCGAGAGGGCGUGGAGGGAGAGCGGCGAGGAUCCCGGCUGGAGCAACGAGGUCACUUUGGAGGUUUUCUUCAACCCCAAGCGCUGAGGUAUGGGCGGGAGGUAUGUGGGUUCAUCAUAUGUACGUUGGAAAUUGAUUUCGGGGGAGUGCGUCCUCGGACG